AAAGGAGUUAUCCCAUUAUUACCCUUUUCUUUCUUUCUUUCUUCCUUCUUUUUUCUUUUUCAAGUAUCUUCUGUCCUUUCUCAAGUAUCUUAUUCUAUCGAACAAAGUUACACAGCAGACUGUCUCCUAGUCACUAACAACUUUUCUGCAACAAAAUUUUCACAUCCAUGGCUGCUUCUCUGUAAAUCCUCACAUUACUCACUAACAAAUCUUCGUUUUUUCAACACGUACACCUUACAAGAUCCGUAAACGAUUCAAAUUACGAAGAAAGAGUAUGAAAAUUUUGGUGGGUUUUCUGUUUAAUUUGAUUUUGAAUCUUCAAAUUACCACCAUUGAUGCCAGACCCACCAGGUUAAUAUUACUUUCUGAUAUCUCUGUUCAUGAAUCUUCACCUGCUGCUGCUCCCAUCUCUUCAAUGGCGGAUAUCCCUCCCGGAACUCAUACGGAUAUCCAAAUCCACCAAAAUUCAAACAAAAAGCUUGUUAUAGGACUCGUUUCUGCAUCUUCUCUGAUAGGAAUCGUCUUAUUGCCCUUAACCUGUUUGUGGAUAUGCCGCAGAAAGAAACUAUACAAAUCAACCAAUAUCAACACCAGAAGAUUAGAUUCUUUAAAAGGGCUUCCAUUGACUUCAUUCAUCGGUAGAACAAAUACCCACUUUCAACACCCAAAAGACAUCCGUGAAGGAGGAUUCGGAUGCGUCUAUAAAGCUCAACUCAAUGAUAACUUAUUAGUUGCUAUCAAGAAACUCGACAACAAAACUCAAAACUCCAUCAAAGAAUUCCAGACAGAAAUCGAUAUAUUGAGUAAAAUUCAACAUCCAAACAUAAUUACUUUAUUGGGAUAUUGUGUUCAUGAUGAAACAAAGCUACUUGUUUAUGAAUUGAUGCAAAAUGGUUCUUUAGAAUCCCAAUUACAUGGGCCUUCUUGUGGAUCCAAUUUAACAUGGCAUUGCCGGAUGAAAAUUGCCCUAGAUAUAGCAAGAGGUUUGGAAUAUUUACAUGAACGUUGCAAACCAUCGGUGAUUCAUAGAGAUCUUAAAUCAUCAAAUAUACUUUUGGAUUCAAGCUUCAAUGCCAAGCUUUCGGAUUUUGGUCUUGCGGUUAUGGAAGGAGCUAAUAGCAAAAACAUUAAGCUUUCGGGGACAUUGGGUUAUGUGGCUCCCGAAUAUCUUUUAGAUGGGAAAUUGACGGAUAAAAGUGACGUUUAUGCAUAUGGAGUUGUACUUUUGGAGCUUCUACUUGGAAGAAGACAUCUUGAAAAAUUAACAUCAUCAAAGUGCGAAUCUAUUGUCACUUGGGCUAUGCCACAACUAAUGGACAGAUCAAAGCUUCCAAGUGUGAUAGAUCCAGUGAUUAGAGAUAAAAUGGAUCUUAAACACCUUUAUCAAGUGGCUGCGGUGGCGGUGUUGUGUGUUCAAUCGGAACCGAGUUACCGUCCGUUGAUAACGGAUGUUUUACAUUCUUUGGUUCCUCUUGUCCCUAUGGAACUUGGAGGGACACUGAGAGUUACUGAAAGCAGGGUUGUAACAUGAUACUGUUACAAUCCUGUUUUCUUUUCUUACCUAGUGAAGAAGAAAUAGAUUUAAAAAAUGUUUUUUUUUCUUAGUUCAUACUUGUGUUCUUGUAAUUAUAUCCGUUGUGUUAUUUUUUUGGGAAAUUUUGAGCACUAAUUGUAGACGUGGGACAAGAAUAUGAAGACAAAACAAUUUGAUUAAUUAAUUGACAAACAAUAAAAUUAUUAAUUUUUGCUAGCAAUCGACGUGUGAUGCAACAG